AACGCUUACGCCUGUACGUUUCGGUAAGGGAUUGGCGAGGUAAGAUGGCGGCGCCAGAGGAGCAAGAAUUAUCUCAGGCGCAGACUGAGAAACUACUUCAGUUUCAGGACUUGACUGGCUUGGAGUCUAUGGACCAAUGUCGUCGCACAUUAGAACAACACAAUUGGAACAUAGAGGCAGCUGUACAGGACAGACUCAACGAGCAGGAAGGAGUUCCUAGUGUGUUUAACCCUCCACCCUCCAGACCCUUACAGGUCAACACAGCAGACCACAGAGUGUACAGCUACAUAGUCUCCAGACCACAACCCAGAGGAUUGCUAGGAUGGAGUUAUUACAUGAUAAUGCUACCUUUCAGAUUUACCUAUUACACUCUUCUGGACAUAUUCAGGUUCGCUCUGCGGUUCGUCCGACCGGACCCUCGCGGCCGUGUCACGGACCCUGUGGGAGAUGUUGUGUCUUUCAUGCAUAGUUUUGAAGAGAAGUAUGGUGGAGCUCACCCGGUAUUUUACCAGGGUACAUAUAGUCAGGCGCUGAAUGAUGCCAAACGUGAGCUACGCUACCUGUUGGUGUAUCUUCAUGGAGAAGACCACCAGGACACGGAUGAGUUCUGCCGUUCCACGUUAUGUACGGAAGAGGUCAUCACCUUCCUCAAUGCACGAAUGCUGUUCUGGGCCUGCUCCACCAGCAAGCCUGAGGGAUACAGAGUGUCCCAGGCCCUGAGGGAGAACACCUAUCCGUUCCUGGCCAUGAUCAUGCUGAAGGACCGGAAGAUGACCGUGGUGGGGAGGCUUGAAGGCCUGAUCCAGCCGGAAGACCUCAUCAACCAGCUGACCUUCAUCAUGGAGGCCAACCAAACAUAUCUGAUGUCUGAGCGACUUGAGCGGGAGGAGAGGAACCAGACGCAGGUGCUCAGGCAGCAGCAGGACGAGGCCUACCUGGUGUCUCUGAGGGCCGACCAGGAGAAGGACCGCAAGAGGAGAGAGGAGCAGGAGCAGAAGAGGCUCGAGGAGGAGAAGGUCCAACAGACCGUCCUCGCCGAGGAGAGGAGACGAAGGAACCUGGAGGAAGAGAAGGAGCGGAAAUCGGAAUGCCUGCCCCAGGAGCCUCCAGUAGAUGACCCAGACAGUGUCAAAAUAGUAUUCAAACUGCCCAACGACACUCGAGUAGAAAGGAGAUUCCUCUUUGGACAGUCUUUGACGGUAAUACAUGACUUCCUGUUCUCGUUGAAAGAAACCCCGGAGAAAUUUCAGAUAGUCACAAACUUCCCCCGCCGGGUGCUGCCCUGCCUCCCCACCGAGGAGCAGCCCAACCCCCCCACGCUGAAGGAGGCUGGGCUCAGCCGCUCAGAGGUCCUGUUCGUUCAGGACCUCACGGACGAUUAACACCCAUCGAUACCUCCUCUAUGUGGAACUUUUUCUUUCUCGCCCCCAUUUAUGUUUUAUUUCCCUUUGUAAAAUCGCCAUUGUACGCAAGGGAUCACAGAUAACAAUCUUACCUGGAAGAGUGUAGGUGCCCCCACCCCCAUCCAGUCCAAAUUUGGUUAUGUUUACAGGGUUCCCACCAACCUGGAAAGUUCUUGAAUUUUAAGAAAUAAAUAAAUAUUAAAAACUUGGACUUGUAAGUCCCUCUUUGUAGGCAUCAGUGUGUGUUUGGUAGGUAGUGUCCUCCCUCUACCAGCAGUAAGCAGACCUCUCUCCUUGCCAGUUUAACCCCCCCCCCCCUCCCUGGCUUAGCUGCCAGUAUUUUAAGUAGUACUAUUGUUUUAACAUACUUACUGGACUUGAAAUCCAUUCUGGCCAUACAAUACCAUACUAUAAUUUUGUACGAAAACAUGUUUUAUCUAAUAAUGUUUUCACUCAUAAAGGCAGGACCUCCUGUUGGUCAGUCCCUAAAACACUUCCCGGGUCAAUCAACUGCCGUUGGUCAAGGAGAGCAAACAAGCCAGCCCAUCACUGAUCUCAGCAGAUGUCCUGGUCCUAGUGUCCUAAGUGUUCAAAGAACAGUGUUGUUACAGAAUGACUGCAUUUAACAACCAUCAAGGGGCAGUGUAACCUUUUUUUGGAAACAUGUUUGCUAACAUGAUGUAUGUCUGUGGCGUGGGAGCCCUGGUUUGAGAGGAGGGCUAACAUGACCCCCUUCACAUGCCCUGUACAUAGGUUAGAUGUCUAAGAACAAGGCUAAAAUUCACUUUUGCUUUUUAUUUUAUUGUGUUUUCAGUUUUUUAUGCAAUCAAGUUGACUAUAUAAUGUAAUUGUUAUGAAACGACCAAAUAAGGGUUGAUUGGUAUGUCAGAGAGAAGUGGGCGGCCUGCAGUUUCUUUUGAAGUUUUAAAAAAGACAAAAAGAUGCCACAGCUUUUCUAUGUGGCUGUAUCUAUAGUAAUAGUACAAGUCUGCCCAUAGUGUGCCUGUGGUUAUUCAUAGAUGCCUAUUUUGCCUGUCUAACAACUGAAUGGGCUGGUCAUGUAAAGAUGUAAUUUUCCAACUAUAAAUUAAACAUUUUAAAAUGUU